CGCAGGGAUCAGAGGUUCCAGCCUCUUAUGAGUGAUGGCUCUGCACGACAUCUAGUGUGUGCUCCCUUUCCCAGGUUCUUCACGAGUGCACGUUGUGGUUAAGCAUGUCGUCUGUAGUGAAGACGAUAUUUCUGAGUCUCGCAAGCCGGACCGCCUUGCAAAACUCGACAGUACCGCCUACGAGUUCUUUGGGCUCUACUCUCGCCAGCAAUGCGAUUACGCCAUCGGGGAGCGCCGGAUUGAAUGCGACAACCUCAGCGGCAACCAACCCCGCUCUAGCGUGCAUUCAGUCGUCGAGUGACUAUGAAAGUGCUCUGAGCUCUUAUUAUCGUGAUACUGCAAACUAUGAGCAGAUCACGACAACCACCGAAUACGACUACAUAGAUUCGAGGCUUUCUUACAGUUGCACAAGCUCAUGUGGAAGCUCUCCCGGUGCAAUCUCAUAUUGUGGUUCAGCUACAUUGCUCAACACAACAAGUCGUAUCAGCCGAACCGGGGUGACUAAUAUCUAUACGGUAUCUGCUCCGCCCGAGCCAACCUGCACCGUCGCAAACAGCGAUUGUGCCGCUCUAAUCACAAGCUAUUCGUCUGCUUUAGAUGAGUUCCAGAGCGACACUACGGCGAUAUCGUCUCCCCAAAGCCCGGACUGCUGCGUACCGACAGCAUGCACAUUCGCCUACGAUGCUAUGGACUUCUACUUCUAUCCUGUGACGACCAAUGUAUCCCGCAACAUGUGUGUCAACACGCCGUUUGGUGGUUAUGAGAAUUCAGUGACCAAGACGGGAGACCCGGACACCACAUAUACGGAGAUCACAACUGGUCCUUCCACUGUCGUCAACGGUGUUACGAUGUACGAGGGAAAUGUAUACAUGUCCAUGAAGGAUCCGUACGUGUACGACAACUGCAGAAACAGAAUUUUGCCGAAAAGCCAGGGACCCAAGAUCGUCACCAUGGCCUCUUCGGAUGUUUACAGUGUUAUCGCUUAUCCGCAUAACAUGAUCGCGUAUUCCAUAAGAUACGAGGAUUUCAAUGAGCCUGUACCGUGGAGUGCGUACAUGGGUCAAUCGUACUGCUGGAACAACCAUGUUGCCUGUACGGAGGUCAUUCCUGGACAUUACCAGCCCGCAAUCUUGAUGCCUGGCCAGAUUCGACAGCUCGAUCCCAAUUGGGCCAGCUGUAGUUACGACAAGUAUGCUUUGUUCGAUCCACCGAUCGCAUUGAAAGGUGUCCCCAACUUCUUGACUUCUUCAUCCGCACCUGCAGACCCCACGCCAACUUCGGCUGGAUCUAUUGUCUCUGCCACUCCUGGGCAAUCGAGUAAUGGCGAUAUCCCUCCGAACACCUCAGCACCACAGCCGACACGGAGCGCAAGUAAUCCGCAGGAUCCGGCGUCUUCUCCACGACCUCAGGAUCCUACUAGGACGCGAGUUCCCUCAGAGCCGCAGGUGUCUGAUCCAAGUACUCCGCAGGAUCCAUCCCCAAACAACCCUCAAGAUCCUUCUCCUGCGAACCCUCAAAACCCUUCACCCAAUGACCCUGCAGACCCCGCUCCCGGGAACACUCAAGCCCCCUCGCCGAACAAUCCGCAAGACCCCGGCACUGGCCCAAACCCAGGAACUAACCCGGCAGCCAACCCCACUCGACCAGGUAUCACCGUCGGCCCCACCGUCGUUCCCGUGAACCCAAGUGGUGGUCUCAUCGUCAACCCCGGCACGACUCUAACCAGCGGCGGCGCUCCCGUCAUCAUCGGCUCAUCCACCUUCUCAAUCGGCACCGGCGGCCUUACCAUCAUCUCCCCGGAAACCAGCACUGAGAUCCCGCUUGGCAACGAGCCCAUCACCGUGCCCAUCGGCCCCAGCGGCGCACCCGUCGUUAUCGAUCCGUCCGCCAGCUCCGUCGUCUUGGGUGGAACGACUCUGACGCCAGGCGGCGCCCCAGUUGUCAUCGACGGCACGACGCUGAGCAUGGGAUCAUCUGGCGUGGUGGUCGUUGGACCUGAGGGCACUUCGACGAUAGCUCUCCCCACUGGUAACGCGGCCCCGACUGUUGUCACUGUUGGUGGUGAGGUCUUCACUAUCACGGGCGGCAGCGUGGUGUUUGGUCCGGGUACUACUCUUGCCCCUGGCGACCCUGCAGUCACCAUCGACGGGACCGUGUACUCCGUUGAUUCGACUGGCGUUGUCGUAGUCGCCGAUGGACAGACUUCCACUGUACCGGUCACGUUGGAUCCGUCGAGUAAUGGAGAAUCGAGAUCUACAGGGGCGGGUCCGUCUGAGACUGGUGCUGGAGAUUUCCCUGGUGCGGCGGGGAGGACAGGGUGGAGUAAGGCAUUACUCAUAGGCUUGGCUGGUGUGGGCUAUGCGAUGUUAUAGAUGCUGCACACAGAGGCUACCUUUACGAGUGAUGCAUGGAUAUGAUAAUGUAAUGAUAAUUGAUUGUAGCUCUACAGCUCGUGUAAAAUCCCUUGCC